GUGGAGGUGACUAUUCUCUGUAGGUCCAUCCCGUGGCCAGAGCCUUCCCCCAGGGCAGGGGCAAACGGCCCCUCCAGGAGGGAGCCGGAAGUUUAGGCAGCUCCAUGUAGGUCCACGUUUAGGUGAAGAGAACCCACCAUGAGGAAGGGCAAAAGGAAGAAGCCAGAGUCCAGACGCCGUGGCUCCACCCCACAGCAGGCCAGCUCCGAGGCCACCCCACAGCAGGCCAAUUCCGAGGCCACCCCACAGCAGGCCAGCUCUGAGGCCAUCCCACUGCACACCAGCUCUGAGUCCACCUCGCAGCAGCCCAGCCCGGGAUCCACCCCGCAGCCCAGCUCUGAAUCCACCCCCCAACCGCCUGCACCCCAGGCUGUCCCAGCUCCCGAAACCAACCCCCUCACCCGGAGCCUGGUGCCUCAGGACACUAACACAAAAGCAUCCUCUCGAUCCAGGAAAACAGGGUCUCUGACUCGUGCGGGCCCACGAGCCUUCUGUUCCUGUUCCUCUUGCCCUGGCAGCUCUGCUUGCUGGCGUCGCCUGGGCCUGUGUCACAGCCGCAUCUUUGAUGUCCUCCUUCCUCGGGCCUGGCCGACCAUGCCAGGGAGAGGAUCCCCAAGCCUCCUCACUUUCUACAGAAAACCUACAAGAAAACACUCAAGUCAUCGUAAUUCGCGUGCUCCGAGCUCUCAGGACUGCUGCUGUGGCUCUGGGGGCCCUAGGAGCUGCGUAUUACAUCAUUGAAUCCUUGUGAAUACACCCCCCAGGCCCGUAGUCCAGCAGAUUUUAUUUAUUCAUGAGAGACACAGAGGGAGAGGCAGAGACACAGGCAGAUGGAGAAGCAGGCUCCCUGCAGAGAGCUCGAUGUGGGACUCGAUCCCAGGACUCCAGGAUCAUGACCUGAGA